AUGGCGAACGGAUUAGCUCCGUCACUCGCCCUCAGCCUAACGGCUGCAACUUCAUCCUCUAGCUUGACAACCGCUUUACCCGCGUCUGCGACUUCCUCCCCGCCUUUUCUUCCUCCGACUCCCUCCACGAUGGCGGGCUGGAUUGGCUGGGUCUUGACCUUUGUCUUCCACGUCGUUCCCCGCAGCCUGUACUGGCUCAUUACCUUCAGCACUCUCACCGUGCCUACAUGGCUCUUCACGCUCUUCUCAAUGAGCCUGACCUUCACCAUGAAUUUCACAACCCUCAUGUUGAUCGUCCUCGCUGUGGUCUCGACCGUCAGCUGGUUCAUUCGCUACCGCUUCUUGAACAUGUACAGCCGUUUACCUCCGGAGCCCCAACGCAAAGAAGCGCAAAUCGAUCUAUUCCCCGAUAUACAAGAAGGCGACGUCAAGUCUGGACUGGCCAACUACCUCGAUGAGUUCCUCAGCGCCAUCAAAGUGUUCGGAUAUCUCGAACGGCCUGUCUUCCAUGAAUUGACGCGGACAAUGCAGACGAGAAAGCUGAUUGCGGGAGAAACACUCAUGCUGGAAGAAGAGAAGGGCUUUUGCCUAGUUGUGGACGGUCUGGUUCAGAUCUUCGUGAAGUCGACGCGGGAGGGAAAGACUGUGUCGGAGGAGGACCUGCACUUGGACGAAGUCACCUCUGACGAGGAGGGUGACCCAUUGCACGGUCGACAGGGCUAUCAGCUGUUGACAGAGGUGAAGAAUGGCGCGUCCAUGUCGUCCCUCUUCUCUAUCCUGUCGCUGUUCACCGAAGACAUCCAACUCCGCACGUCACGUAGCUCUAGCUCCAGCACCUCGAGCGUGGAGCCGAGCAUCGCCCAAGUUGUCGACUCUCUACCCGUCAGUCCUAGCGUUGGGGUUGUUGAUAGCCCUUUGACCGCUGCAAGAGACUUUGGCUCCCCGACGCCUGCCAAUGGCCAACCCGGUUCUCUACCCUUUGUGCCUCCAUUGCACCUCGGAGAAAGCCACACCAUGCCCCAAAGCACUCCGCAGCCAGAAUCUAGACAACGCAAGCGACGUAAGAAGUCGGUUCACCCAGACAUUGUCGCCCGUGCAACGGUAGACACUACUAUUGCUAUCAUUCCUGCCAGUGCUUUCCGCCGUCUGACCCGUGUCUACCCACGCGCGACGGCCCAUAUUGUACAGGUCAUAUUGACGCGCCUUCAAAGAGUGACAUUUGCAACCGCUCACUCUUACCUCGGAUUGACCACGGACGUCCUUGGCAUCGAGAAACAAAUGACCAAGUUCACCAGUUGGGAUCUGCCAAAUGAUCUUCGCGGAGGUGCUCUGGAUCGUCUCAAGGAUAAGUUCAUGCGGGAGCGAGACCGCCUGGGUCCCGAGGAUGUCUGCAAGGGUAUUGCACUCCACAACCCAUCUGCCGGCCGGCGACGCUCAAGCAGCUCUUUCAAGAAAGAUGCUGUUCUCCAAGCUCGUCUGGCUAGCCAGCGACGACCUGUUGCACUUACGCCCUUGCCCCAACGACAACCACCACGAUCACCGAGUGGCUUCAAUGACCGCGACACGAGUGGAGUGAGUCCUGGUGAUUUGCUAUCGACCAUACAGCUCUCCCGGUUCGGACCACGCUAUGACCAUAAUGGACCACAGCUGACAAGUCCUUUGACUGAGCGUGAACGUCCUCUUUUCCGCCCCUCAAACAUGAUGGAUAGCCGGCCAUCCACCUUCCAACGCAAAGAUUCGUCCGUGGACGAAGACACACUCUUCCGUGAUUCCAUCCUAGAUUGUAUUAUGAAAGGCAUCGGGUUGACCGAGAGUACGAACGAAUCUUUGCGCAAGGGUAGCCAUGUGUCCGGCGACGCCUCCCCAAGGCUACUUUCCUACGAUUCACGGCGACAGAAGGCCGUCUUUUCCAAUGCAUUUGGGUUCAUCGACCCCUACGAGGGAUCGGGAGAUAAUGAAACCGAGUCUAUGUCGUCUAUGUCCGUGACUAGCGCUGGUGGCACGUCUCCGGUUGUCAACCUUCGUGAAGAUUUACGCUCUGAUAUCGAAGUGGUUUACUUCCCUCAGGGCUCGGUUCUUGUCGAGCAGGGCGAGCGCCACCCAGGUUUGUACUACGUGAUCGAUGGUUUCCUGGACGUAGGCAUUCCAAUUAACGAACGUGGUGAUGAUCUCGUCGGAACAUCUCGCCCGGCCGGCUCUGCACAGGAAGAGCUUUUCCCCAAGCUCAGGCGAACCAAUACUGGAUCUUCUCGCACUGCUUUGCCGAACAGUACCAGUGAUUCUCGCCGCAAGUCCCAGUCCCGCAAGUCUCUGUAUUUGAUAAAACCUGGUGCCAUUCAAGGCUAUGUUGGUGGUCUUGCAUCUUAUCGUUCUUAUACGGACGUCGUUGCGAAGACGGACGUCUACGUGGGAUUCCUUCCGCGUGCUUCUCUCGAACGUAUUGCUGAUCGCUACCCUAUCGCCCUGUUGACCCUCGGCAAGCGAUUGACUAGCCUGCUUCCGCGCCUGCUACUUCACAUUGACUUUGCUCUCGAAUGGGUGCAGGUCAGCGCGGGCCAGGUAAUUUACCACCAAGGAGACGAAAGCGAUGCGAUCUAUCUUGUAUUGAACGGUCGUUUGAGGUCUGUUCUAGAGGGUCAAAAUGGCAAGAUGACUGUCAUUGGCGAAUACGGCCAAGGCGAGAGUGUCGGCGAGCUUGAGGUUAUGACUGAGUCUACUCGCCCGGCUACUCUUCACGCCAUUCGUGAUACUGAAUUGGCCAAAUUCCCUCGCUCGUUGUUCAAUAGCCUUGCGCAAGAGCACCCAGGAAUCACCAUUCAAAUUUCAAAGCUCAUUGCUCAGCGUAUGCGCGAUUUGGUGGAGCGUCCUUCGUCCGAGAAGAGCAUUGAAUCAGGAACUGUCGGUGGUGUUCAGACUGCGACAUCUACCGUGAACCUCCGCACCGUUGCAAUUGUCCCGGUUACUGCAAGUGUUCCUGUAGUUGAAUUUGGACAUCGCCUGCUGCAUGCGUUGCACCAAGUCGGUGUAAACAGGGGCGUUACAUCCCUCAAUCAAGCCGCAAUUCUGAACCACCUGGGUCGUCAUGCGUUCAGCAAGAUGGGUAAGCUCAAGUUAUCUCAGUACUUGGCUGACCUCGAGGAGAAGUACGGUCUGGUACUGUACAUCGCUGAUACCAAUGUCAAUUCACCCUGGACGCAAACUUGCAUUGCGCAAGCUGAUUCCAUUCUGCUGGUUGGCCUCGCUGAGGGUUCUCCCCGGAUCGGUGAAUACGAACGUUUCCUUCUCGGCAUGAAGACCACAGCCCGCAAGGAAUUGGUUCUUUUGCAUUCUGAGCGCUACUGCCCGCCCGGUCUAACCCGCCGCUGGCUGAAGAAUCGAGUGUGGAUCAAUGGCGGCCACCACCACAUCCAAAUGGCUUUCCGCCUGACUACUGAGCCCUCUCACCCUCAGACAAAGAGAUUUGGCACAGUCUUGAAACAGCGUGUUCAAGUCCUGCAAGCCGAGAUCCAAAAGUAUACCUCGCGUCGCAUCCAACAAACACCUCUUUACUCCCCCACAAACCCCAUUCAAGGGCGACUUCCACCGCCUCGCUCAACGUCUGUGCGGAAAAUCCGCGUGAUUAAAGCCCUUGAAGAAGCCGGAAUCCCAAUCGAUAUCAUCGGUGGUACCUCCAUUGGCUCCUUCAUUGGUGCCUUGUACGCCCGCGAUGCGGAUGUCGUCCCCAUGUACGGCCGCGCGAAGAAGUUUUCCGGUCGUAUGGGCAGUAUGUGGCGUUUCGCACUGGACCUGACAUACCCGAACCGUCUCCUACACAACCGGUCACGAGUUCAACCGUGUCGCUCCCGAGCAGAGUACCACUCUUCCGGCUAUGUCUGGCGGUAUGUCCGUGCGUCCAUGUCGCUGGCUGGUCUCAUUCCCCCGAUCUGCGAUGAGGGAAGCAUGCUCUUGGACGGUGGAUACAUCGAUAAUCUUACCGUGGCUCACAUGAAGAGUCUCGGCGCGGACGUCAUCUUCGCCGUGGACGUUGGGUCUAUUGACGACAACACGCCCCAGGGCUACGGCGAUUCACUCUCCGGAUUUUGGUCUGUGAUUAACCGCUGGAACCCAUUCUCCACUCUCCCCAACCCGCCUACCCUCUCCGAGAUUCAGGCGAGAUUGGCAUACGUUUCUUCCAUUGACAAUCUCGAGCGCGCUAAGAACACCCCCGGAUGUCUCUAUAUGCGCCCGCCUAUCGAUCCCUAUGGCACACUGGAAUUUGGCAAGUUCGAUGAGAUCUACCAAGAGACGGAGGAGAAGCGGAAACUGCAGCGCACAAUGGCCCCAAGACGCGCCAGUAUAUAG